UUCAUCUGCUUAUCAGUCGGUCGUCGCCAGCGGACAGUGAAGGUUACCUGCUUCAACAGUGCUUGAACGGCAACCUUUCAACUGUCUUCAGACGCAAAUAAUAGCUUUGAUCUCUCAAACCAUAAUUGAUAACAAUCGACUGAAAUUAAUUUGACCUUGAAACAACAACAGCUAAAGAUAUCCUGAACACGUUUAGCUUGCUAGCUAUAGCUAACUGUUUGUUUAGCCAACGACAACGCCAGACACUCGGGACAGUUGUUCGACCUCCUCACAAGAAGACCCGCCACUUCGAAAUUGAACCAUGAGUUCCCAGGUGAGACAGAACUUCCACCAGGACUGCGAGGCUGCAAUCAACAGGCAGAUCAACCUGGAGCUGUAUGCCUCCUACGUCUACCUGUCUAUGGGAUACUACUUUGACCGGGAUGAUCAGGCAUUGCACAACUUUGCCAAGUUCUUCCGUGAUCAGUCGCAUGAGGAGCGCGAGCAUGCUGAGAAGCUGAUGAAACUACAGAACCAGAGGGGAGGGAGGAUCUUCCUGCAAGAUGUCAAGAAGCCAGAGAGGGAUGAGUGGGGCAGUGGAAUUGAGGCCCUUGAAUGUGCCCUGCAGCUGGAGAAGAGCGUGAACCAGUCACUGCUGGACUUGCACAAGCUCUGCGCUGAUCACAAUGACCCACAUCUGUGUGAUUUCAUCGAGACGCACUACCUGGACGAGCAGGUGAAGUCCAUCAAGGAGCUGGGAGACUGGGUGACCAAUCUGCGCCGCAUGGGAGCUCCUCAGAACGGCUUGGCCGAGUACCUGUUUGACAAACACACCCUGGGAAAAGAAAGCAGCUAAAUCCAUCCAAAUCACAUAGACGAAGGCUUUCUACAUAUGUGUAUUUGUAUCUUGCUUUCAAUCGUUCUUCAAAUAUGAAGUCAUCUGCAUGGUACUGGCAAGUAAUUCAAACCUCUUAUAUUACUCGCAUUGUUAUUGCCGUUUACUCCACAUUAGUUACUUCACUAAUCCCUGAGCUGUGAGCUAUUACAUCCAAAGCCCACUCUUGUAUCUUUUACUUCUCUCUCUGCUGUCAGCUUUGCCUACGUCAUUACUAUGUGUUUGCUGUGUUUUACGCCAGGAGUUGUUAAUGAAACCAAAUAAAACGAACCCUCUGGAUUCUGA